CCACGAACCUGCAAGGUUGUCACACAACCUCCGAGAUGUUGCGACUCUCCUUCUUUCGACAAACAUUGCCAGCGAGCAUAUUGUUCCAUCCAUUUGUGCCUUCUUUUCGCUUUUUUUCGUCCUCUCUGCCAUUAUCUGCUACACUAAACCAGGUUAUGCGGGGGGCACGCAAAAAGUUCUUAAAUCGGUCUAAAUCGCCAGCCUUAGAAAACUGCUAUCAGCGGAAAGGCGUGACACUCGCUGUAAUGACCAUGAAACCAAAGAAACCCAAUUCUGCCGAACGGAAAGUCGCGAGAGUCAAGCUGACGACAGGAAAGAAUGUGCUUGCGUACAUUCCUGGUGAGGGACACAACCUUCAAGAACAUAGUGUUGUGCUCGUCAGAGGGGGCCGAACUCAGGAUCUUCCUGGUCUCAGAUAUAAGCUUGUUCGUGGUGCGCUUGAUUUCGGUGCUGUCGCUGGCCGGGUUAUAUCACGCAGUAAAUAUGGGACAAAAAAACCAAAAUCAGCUUCACCCGCAUAAUAACUUGUGCUUUUGUUGGCGAAGAUUGGCUGAUAAUUCAUUGCCGAAUGAUGAAUACAGCCCAUGCCUUGUAAUCAUACUCGACAGUCCCAACUGCCACCAUGAAAUCAUUUGCUGUCGAGAUCUGACUCCUUAGGCUCAGGAGACCUCAUUUCUGCUCCUUUCGAUGCGUUCUACUUCAGUAUUUAUCGCCCAGCACCAUGCAUCCCUCUCCAAAGUGCUUCUUGCUUUAAGUAUAAGGAAUUUAGGCUUUGUGCCCAACUUAGUAGAUGUAGUGACCUU